CAACAAAUGGAUUCGUUCCAGAAGGUCGAGAAGAUAGGAGAGGGCACUUACGGGGUUGUGUACAAAGCUAAAAACAAGAACACGGGAGAGACGGUCGCUCUCAAGAAGAUAAGACUGGACACGGAAACCGAGGGUGUUCCAAGCACCGCCAUCCGUGAGAUUUCCCUCCUCAAGGAGCUCAGUCACCCAAAUAUUGUCAAGUUGCAUGACGUCAUCCACACGGAAAAUAAGCUGUACCUAGUCUUUGAGUUCCUCAACCAGGAUUUAAAAAAAUUUAUGGAUUCCUCCACAGUCUCUGGUAUUCCGCUCGAUCUGAUUAAGAGUUAUCUCUUCCAGCUGCUGCAAGGCUUGGCGUUCUGUCACUCCCAUAGGGUUCUCCAUCGUGACCUGAAGCCUCAAAACUUGCUUAUCAAUGCUCAAGGCGAGAUAAAGCUGGCUGACUUCGGACUGGCCAGAGCGUUUGGCGUCCCUGUGCGCACAUAUACACACGAGGUAGUAACACUGUGGUACCGAGCACCGGAGAUCCUGCUGGGCUGCAAGUUCUACUCCACGGCCGUCGACAUCUGGAGUCUGGGCUGCAUCUUUGCUGAAAUGAUCACCAGGAGGGCCCUGUUUCCAGGGGAUUCUGAGAUAGAUCAGCUAUUUCGCAUCUUCCGCACUCUCGGCACACCCGACGAGGCCACGUGGCCAGGAGUGACUUCUAUGCCGGACUACAAACCUUCGUUCCCCAAGUGGGCCCGCCAGGAUCUUGCCAAAGUGGUCCCUCUCCUGGACGAAGAUGGAAGAGAUUUGUUACAAGGAAUGCUGCACUACGAUCCAAACAAAAGGUUAUCGGCCAAGAACGCCCUUGUCCAUCGCUUCUUCCGUGACGUCACAAUGCCUCUUCCUCAUCUGAGACUCUGA